AUGACUGACAAGGGACCUGCACCACUGCGCCUGGGCAGCAUUGCCCCAAACUUCAAGGCUGAAACUACUAGAGGCCCUAUCGACUUCCAUGAGUUCAUCGGCGACAACUGGGUCGUCCUUUUCUCCCACCCAGAAGAUUACACUCCUGUCUGCACGACCGAGCUUGGUGCCUUCGCAAAGCUAGAGCCUGAAUUCAAGAAGCGAGGCGUCAAGCUCAUUGGUUUGUCGGCCAACACGAUCGAGAGCCAUGGUGGCUGGAUCAAAGACAUCAACGAGAUCUCCAGUUGCGAUCUGCAGUUUCCAAUCAUUGGUGACAAGCAGAGACAAGUUGCUUUGGCCUACGAUAUGUUAGAUCAACAAGAUGCUACAAAUGUUGACGAGAAGGGCAUUGCCUUCACCAUCCGAUCCGUCUUUAUUAUCGACCCAAAGAAGACCAUCCGAACUAUCCUCUCAUACCCAGCCUCCACAGGCCGAAACUCUGCCGAAGUUCUGCGAAUCGUCGACUCUCUUCAAACUGGCGACAAGCACAAAGUCACUACCCCAAUCAACUGGGUUCCGGGCGAUGAUGUGAUUGUCCACCCAAGCAUCAACAACGACAAGGCAAAGGAGUUGUUCCCUCAGUUCAAGGCCAUCAAGCCCUACCUGCGAGUGACCCCAUUGCCAAAAGAGCAGACAUCUGUUCCAGCAUAA